AUGGAGGAGCAGCUGUGCGACUUCAGUCAUCAGAUUGCAGAAGGGAUGGAGUACCUUUCGGGGAGGCACUUCGUGCAUCGAGACCUGGCAUGUCGGAAUUGCCUCGUCGACGAGGGUCUCAUCGUGAAGAUCUCAGACUUCGGUCUCGCCAGAGACAUCUAUACCUGUGAUUAUUACAAGGUGGAAGGGAAUCGGUUGCUCCCAGUGAGAUGGAUGGCACCCGAGAGCAUCAUGUAUGGAAAAUUCACCCUCAAGUCCGACGUCUGGUCUUUCGGUGUCCUCCUCUGGGAAAUCUUCUCCUACGGCAAACAGCCCUACUACGGACGCACGAACGAGGAGGUCUGUGAACGCACCAUGUACUGCAUUCAGUUAAGGUAG